UUCAUUAGACAAUCAAAUGGAUUCUGCAGCAACAGGUGAACACGCCGAAUAGUAUAUAACGGUACAGGCCUAAGCCAGGAGCAUUUAUUACAGCUAUACAGUGUCGAGGUCGAAGCGACAGCCAUCACCAGGUCUAGCCUUGGGAAGUUAAGCAUAAAAGCAGCCAAACGGUCUCUUCCCGUAGGACUACUGUCAUCCACGUUCCCGUAGACCAGUGCUAUACUACCCCUCAGCGACGAUCCCCUGCACCAAACUACCAUAGCAAGAUGUUUCAGACAAGUUUCGCAGUAAUUCUGCCUUUCAUGACGGCAGUGAUAGUUAUGUUUUUUGGACAGUCUGGUGCAGCCACUUUAGGCCACUACGGCGCUGAUCCGACCAAGGUCUCGGUGAGUGGCGUGUCUUCCGGGGCUGCCAUGGCCGUGCAGCUUCAUGUCGCUUUCUCUUCCUCCAUCAUGGGGGUCGGUGCAGUGGCCGGAGUGCCGUACUACUGCGCUCAAGGGAGCGCACUGAGAGCCACCUUGUAUGAAUGUUCGGCGGCUGGGGAUCCAUCUGAUGUCGACAUACAAUUUCUGAAGUCCAAGACAGAGACAUGGGCCAGUAGCGGCAAAGUGGACAGCACAAGCAACUUAGCAUCAAGCAGGGUCUAUUUGUUCAGUGGAACCAACGAUUUUGUGGUAAAACAAGGUCUUGUACACAAACUAGAAGAUUACUAUAGUGAGUUCAUCUCGAACACAGACAACAUCAAAACGGUGUACAACCAACCGGCUGGUCACGCAUUCAUCACUGACGACUACGGAGCCCUUUGUGGGUUCACCGUAGCUCCCUUCAUCAACGAUUGUAACUAUAAAAUGGCCUACCACAUCUUGAAGCACAUAUAUGGCAACCUUGAGGAACCAACGAGCAGCACUACAGCAAGCGGACAGUUACUGGAUUUCUCCCAGACAACGUUUUUUCCGUUUUACUAUUCCAUUUACCGUCCCAUGAUGUACACUGGGUACAUCUACGUACCAACUGGAUGCCAGUCGUCUACGUCAAACUGCAAACUGCAUGUGGCUCUCCACGGAUGUUCGCAGACGACGGAUCUGAUAUUGAACCAGUUCUACACGAAGACAGGUUUCAACGAGGUGGGCGAAUUAAACAACAUCAUCAUCCUGUACCCGCAAGCAAAGCGCAAUUCUUUCUUGGGUAACACCGCUGGUUGCUGGGACUGGUGGGGCUACUCGGGCAAUGACUACGCAACCAAGACUGGUUGGGAGAUGAAAGCCAUCAAGGGAAUGAUCGAUCGCAUUCUGGAGUAGCAGAUUCCAGACGAAGACGUGGUAUGCGUCUCGAAGGCGUGGUUUAGGCUACCGUCGUGCCCAGACUUAUGCCUUGGCAAAGAUGUGGAAUUUGAAGGAUAUCAGUUUUUAGAAACCGUAGCAAUAAGUAAAGGUAGUGCAUGCUAAUAAAUUGAAGUUAACUCAAAUGACAUGUUUAUUCAUAGUCACAUUAGCAGCAGAAAUGAUGCAUUAAUCAGGUAUCAUCAGUAAUUGUAUACUAGGGUAUAUUUUAAGACAACCUCAGAAGUUUGAUACCAAAAACGAUAAGGGAAUAGUAGCACACAGACUCUGAUAAAUGGACAAAGGAGGGAAACAUGGGGAAUUUUCCGACAGUCAUUCCAAACCAGGGAUUAAAGCGCACUAAAAUGCACAACUCCAAAAUCAGAAUGUUCAUUACCAUAUCCAACCAAUUUUUGGCAGAAGUAGUUGGUAGGGCAACAAACAAAAUGACGAAACACGUCAAAAAAGACAACUAGCGAAAGGUAGAACAAAGACCAAAUAAAAAAAGCAAAUGUUUCGAAUUUGGAUGUGUUCCUUCUCCUACCCCAGUUUUUCCUGACUACUUUUAUCUGCAUACCAAGCAUUUUGAAGUUGAAAUCGGAGUAUGUGCUUGAUGCUGUACAUUUAAUUUGACUGCAAACAGGUGAGUGAAUGAAGUUUUUCUGAUGUGUUGCCUAUGCUGUUUCCAUCAGGGGAUACAUUGUUAGAAUUAACAUCAAAGAUGUUUAGUAUUCAGGCUACCUGUAUUUAGAAAAAGUGGUUUUCUGUUGCGUCUGAACUACAAAUGUACGUGGUUUACAUUUCCUCUCUGGUUUAAUGCCGAAAUAAAAAUUGAGAAAUGAAA